AAAUUGGACGACUAAAUAUUUAAAGACUUUCUGCGUCUACUUUCCUUCAACAAUCAGUUUACUUGAGAUCAGCGCAAUAAGCGUACUGAAAAAGUGCUUAACAGCUUAUCUAACUGCGUGCAGUGGUUUCUGCUAAAUUUAAAAAAUAAGAUGUCACUGGGGCCCAAAAGUGUUUGUCUGACGAUUGGCGCUCUAUUUUUUGCCGCCUUUACGAGUAUGUUGACAGUUAGAGCAAAUUCAAUUGGAGUUCAAACAGAAAAGCCAACGGAUCGAUUGAUUUUGGAAGAUUGGGGAUUUGCUUAUACAAAUAUGAAUACAAAUGCAAAUGCAAAUGCAAAUACAAAUACAAAUAUGAAUACAAAUACAAAUACAAAUACAAAUAUAAAUAUAAAUGGUAAUACUGUGCAUAAAUCGAGCGAUCAUCGUCAAGUACUCAUAAGUAGCGUUGUCACGACAACAUAGGAUACUUCUUCAGAUUCGAGUUCUAGUGAUUAUAGCGAUUGUUAUUUCUUCCCAUUCUGUUGAAUAAAAAAUAAGUUUAGCAAAAACAAGAAAAUCGACUUUAUAUCUAACAAGAAAAAUCGUUAACUUCGGUUGCACCGAAGCUAAAUACCCAUCACAGGUGCAUUUCUGUUAGUAACUUUUGGGAGAUCAGUCGGGCUUUCAUCUGUCCAUAUUCUACAAAGAAGCUGAUGCAUGCACCUUGCGAUGUGAUUCGUGGACAGUUGGACAAGCAUUUUGAAAGGUUUAUGGAGUAUCAUACGGAUCUGGUGUCUUCAGCACAAGCCAGCGAAUUGACCACACAUGACGACUUCUUAGCUGCUACGGAGUUGCUGUACACACAAAUAUGUAUUCGACUACGUCGUAUAUGUAUAUGUGACGCUGGUGAAGGUGGUAUUUGUGUGGCGAAUCAAUCGGACAUGCGAUUAGAUCCAAUUAAGAUUCCUGUGUUAAAUGGUGACCCAGCGAAUUGGCUGCCUUUUAAAGAUUUGUUCGAGGCACUAGUUCACAAUCGCAAGGAUCUGGAUUCCAGUUAUGAAUUAAGCAAGUUACGCCAACAUGUCAAUGCUGAUAGCGUACCAUUGGUCGGUGGACUUUACACAGGCGGCUAUGAGGACAUGUGGCAGGAGAUGAAACGGCGAUUUGAUAAUCCACGCUUGUUAGUAGAAUCGCACGUGCAGCGUAUCCUGAAUUUACCUAAUCAACCCGCCGAAUCACAGAAGGCUUGCUUCGACUAGUUGACACCGUCCAAAAUGUGAUGCGAGCUUUAAGCGUUAUGGGUUUUCCGGUAAGGCAUUGGGACGCUCUCUUGGUGCCACUUCUGCUACCUAAAUUGCCCACAAUCACCAGGUAUGAGUGGGGGAUGAGCCUUCAGACGAACAACAUACCAAUGUGUCAGGACUUUUUGACGUUUAUUGAGAAGCGUGCCAACAAUUUGCCCCAAGGAGCUACGAACGGUACAACAACUCUUCAUCAGAGACCAACCCAUCCCGUUAAGGCUAACGUUGCAACGGUAAACUCAUCUCAGCCGUUACAUUCAGUGAAAGGGAUUAUGGUUGUUUGCCAACUUUGCGCUAACGGACACCGAAUACACAAGUGUCAACGGUUCGUUAAUCUUUCCAUACCGGAACGGUGGGAUACAGUUAAGCGGCUUUCGUUAUGUUUCAACUGCCUUGGAAGUGACCAUGGAUCUCGUGUUUGUACAUCGCGUGAUUGCUUAAGGUGCCAUCGUCAUCAUACGAUGCUCUGCAAAGGCAACGUUGCGAACAAUACACCGACCAUGGAGGAAGACACCAACAGUCACAUAACCGAUCGGAAUAUAUCCCUGGACACACCUUCAACACAGGUGCCACAGAUAUACCCACGGCAACAGUGACAUUUGGGGAAGGUCCGGUCAUUUCUCAUUAAUGGAGACCGGACCAUUGUACUAGCGACUGUGAAGGUCAUCCUGAUCGAUCACAAUGGAGGACAAUUCGUGUGUCGUGCCCUCUGCGACUUGGGCUCUCAGGUGAGUCUGAUUACCGAUGCCACUACAAAACGUAUGUGUCUUCGUAGGCGUCCAGGGGAGAUACGAAUUGAAGGAAAUGGUUCUAGCGCUACAGUCUACAGUAAGGGUACAGAUGCAGGCUGCCUUUGACAACAACCUUAACUUCAAACUCGAGGCUUAUGUCGUGCCGACAAUAACCUCAGUAACGCCAGAUACGCAUAUAGGCGCAGAAGCUUGGAGCCAUUUAAAAGAUUUACCGCUAGCUGACCCAACGUUUGCCACUCCAAGUUCGGUGGAUCUGCUACUUGGUGCUGACGUUCUGACGGGUCUCUUUCAGGAGGGUUUCAUCCAGGGUUCUCCAGAGCAACUUUGCGCUUUGAACACUCGUCUUGGCUGGGUAGUAUUUGGACCAGUCAUAAGUUCUGCUCACUCCACUUUACACACAUCUCUUACUGCGAAAUGUGUCAACAAACAACGGCUAGACACGUUAAUUAGAAGCUUCUGGGAACUUGAAGAGCCCAUACUAUCAUCCGAAGUACAGGUGGAUGACUGUGAGACGAUCUUCAACGACACAGUUACCCGUACCUCAGACGGCAGGUACCAGGUGCAAAUAUUAUUUCGACCAGAUGCUCCUGCUCUUGGAGAAUCUCAUCAUUCGGCACUCCGCCAGUUUCUACAACUCGAGCGGCGGUUGAUGAACGACCCAUGUCUUCGUGAGCAGUACAUUGCAUUUAUGCGAGAAUGCAUUACUCUCGAUCAUAUGGAGGUUAGCAAGCAAGCUUUCACCAACAAAGAAAAUGGUUACUUCAUACCUCAUCAUGCGGUAACCACAAAAUUUCGCGUAGUUUUCAACGCUUCCGCGAAGACAUCGAGUGGGACAUCCUUAAACGAUACACAGUUUUCGGGACCACAACUACAUGCCAAUAUUGUCGACAUCCUUCACCGUUUUCGCAAAUGCAAGGUAGCCAUCACUACAGACAUACAGAAGAUGUUCCGACAAAUACUGGUAGAUAGACGACAUCGUAAAUGGUAACAAAUACUUUGGCGUGAAUCGCCAAAAGAACCUCUUCAAGUGUACGAAUUGAAGACGGUAACUUAUGGAAUGGCUUGUAGUCCAUUCAACGCAAUACGCGCACUGCGUCAAUGUGCGAAUGACAAUUAUGAAGUCAUCUAUGACCCAAGCCGGGCUGCCGCAGCGCGUCAUAGCAUACUUUAUAAUUUCUACGUUGAUGAAUAUUUGGAUAGCGUCGACAGCGAUGAACUUGCUAUUACCCGUGCUCAAGAUGUAGCGACUAUUUUGAAACAAGGACAAUUAAUAUUGGGAAAGUGGAAUUCCAAUUAUACACACGUAUUAUCUGCGAUAACCGGUACAACAGUUUCUGCAUCAGAACUAGAGUUGAACAACUCAACAACCAAGGUAUUGGGUCUUUACUGGGAUCCAGUGAGCGACGAGCUCUUCUUCAAGGUAGGCUUAGUUGACGACACGUCAAUGCAUACCAAGCGAAAGGUUUUGAGUGACGUAGCGAAAUUAUAUGAUCCAACUGGGGUAUUGGCACCUGUAGUCGUGGUGGCCAAACUAUUCAUACAGGACUUAUGGAAGGCUGGCCUGCCAUGGGAUGCUGAACUUCCUGCAGAGCUACUU